AACAAUCCCCAUGUACGUCGAGGCUCAAGGGGAGAUCAUAAGAGAACCGAGAAUUCCCGAACAUGAGACGGGGCUAGUCACGGUUUUCGGCUCCCUCGAUGCCGCAAUCCGGGAUCUUGAGCAGGUGGUCGAUGCAACGCCAAUGCACUCCCUGGCCCUCGUGGGGCAUCUGCUGGCCCUUAGAGGCUUGGUCCCAAGGCGAUAUAUUUUUGACACAGAACGAGGGAGGUCUUGUGAAGCUGCUCGAUGUCUCUGUUCAGCUUUUAAGGAUUGUUCCCGAUGGGACACAUAAUCAUGAAAUUGAGCUGAUUGGAACGGCAUACACACUGAUGGCCUUCCAUAUCAAUACAUGGCACCUAAGUCAUCUCGAAAAAUCUCUCAGCAUACCGUCACCGGCGAGAAUAACAAGAAGAAUCAGCUUACAGUCCUACUCAGUCAAGUAACAUCAAAAGUUUAUCCUGGGGAGCAAGGAUUCCAGACGUGAGUACGAAUGCGAAGAUGAACC